CUAAUUUCCAGGCAUACUUUUGUGAACAACUGUGAAACAAUGGGAAAUUGUCACCUGCUGAUACUUCAACAAAGAACAGUGGAUAACAAGUUUAGUUCCCAUUGAUAUAGCGAAAAAAAAAUGAAAAUGAUGAUUCUGUGGUUGUUACAGAAGAAUUCCAGAUUGUUAUUUUUAUUCAACAUCUUGCCUAGACUUCAUCCGUCUGCAAACUUUUUCUCCAUGGGCGACGAGAUGUCGAAAACAACUAUGCCUACUCCACAAGAUGCAUUAAAAGGUAGAGAUGAAAAAAUUAUUGUAUCAGACAAACACGCUGCAAACGGCCACAGAACUAUCCCUCCAUUCCCAGAAAACACAAAAAUGGCUAUGUUUGGAAUGGGUUGUUUUUGGGGCGCAGAGAGAAAGUUCUGGAAAACAGAUGGAGUUUACUCUACACAGGUUGGGUAUGCUGCUGGUUUCACACCUAAUCCAACCUAUAAAGAAGUUUGUACAGGGUCAACAGGACACAAUGAAGUUGUGCGAGUUGCUUAUGACACAAACAACACCAAUUAUGCAAGUCUAUUACAGGUCUUUUGGGAAAAUCACAAUCCCACUCAAGGGAUGCGUCAAGGGAAUGAUACAGGAACUCAGUACAGAUCUGGGAUUUACUAUUACGACGAGGAACAAAAAAGACUGGCAGAAGCCUCCAGAGAUAUGUAUCAGAAGAAACUGGAUGAUAAAGGACUCGGGAAGAUAACUACAGAGAUCAUUCCCGCCCCAGAGUUUUAUUAUGCUGAGGACUACCACCAGCAGUAUUUACAUAAGAAUCCCAACGGCUAUUGUGGACUUGGGGGUACAGGGGUCUCUUGUCCUGUGGGGUUAUUCUCUAAAGGGAAGAGUGAAUUAUAAUUAACCAUUUGUCUUUCCUUGUUAUUUUUACAUUUUUAAGGUUUUGAUUUGUUAUUAUUACCAUACAAUGUUUCAUUGAAACAAGACUUUUUAAUGCACAUUUUUCCAUGAUAAAGAGUUUGAAAUGA